ACAACCAACACACUUUCUAGUGACAAAAUCAAGAACAGUAACACCAUAAACCCAAACAACAAAACCCCUAGCAGAAACAGCUGAUCUUGAAGCCUCAACUUAACUAUGGCGUUUUACAUGGAUGAACAACAAGUAUGGAAGUGCCACAAACAUCCAUCCAGGCGGCGAAAAACCGGCAUCUGCCCUAAAUGCCUCCACGACCGCCUCGUUACCCUUUGCCCGGACUGCGCUCACCCUCGCCCUUGCGCCUGCUCUCCCACUUCAGCCGAAUAUCCAUCGUCGUCUUCCUCCUCGUCUACAACCUCGUUUUCGCUCUUUCCAUUCUCUAGAACCGGUAGUCGCCAUGAUACAAACUUCUCAAACAACCCUGAAGGUGAUCCAGCGUUGCGCAAAUCGCGAUCGGUGGCUAUAUCAUUCCUCCGAUCGCGAUCGCGCCACGUAGGAACCGGUAUUGGAACAGGUACAGGAACUGGUGGAUGUGAAGUUGAAACAGCUGUGAAUAAUAAUAAGGGUUUGCCACCUAAGGUUACAAAGGGUAAAAAUAUUUUUUGGUCUUUGUUUCAUAAGAGUAAAAAGUGUGAUGUUCAUAAUAAUGGAAUGGAUGAAGAUUUGAGUAAUUGUGAAGAUGUGACUGGUAAGGAUGAUUAUUCGAUGAUGAUGCGGUCUAGAUCGGUAGCUGUCGGUGGUGCCGGAAACCGGUUUACUCCGGCGAGUUCGAAGAAGGGGUGGUAUUUUCCGAGUCCGAUUAAUGCUUUCCGUUAUUCGAAAUCUCCUCGAUCUGCCCAUGUUACAUAGGUUUCUUAUCAAGUUGAUAAAGUGUUGCUUAUUUUUAUAUUUGAUAUUUUUUGAUGUAGACAAUAAUUAUUGCAUUCAGCUAGAGAAAUUAAAACGAAGCUGAAUGAUGAUAUGAGAACACAUACGAAAUAAUGAUUUUGGCCCUUUGUGUUCUUUAA